AUGAAAAAAAAUCAUCCGUUCCAUUUAGUAACUAAAAGACCUUGACCUAUUCUAGUUUCAUUUUCAAUAUUAAAUUUUUUAAUUGGAUUCAUUAACUUAAUAAAUGAAAGACCUUUAUUAUUUUAUUUAUCUAGAUUAACUAUAAUAAUUAAUCUAACUCAAUGAUGACGUGAUGUAAAACGGGAAUCUUCAAUUAAAGGUGACCAUACAAAAAUUGUUAAGGAAAUAAUUAAAAUAGGAAUGAUUAUAUUUAUUAUAUCAGAAAUUAUAUUUUUCCUAUCUUUCUUCUGAAGAUUCUUACACUCUAGACUUGCCCCUAGUAUCGAAAUUGGGAUAAAAUGGCCACCUAAGGGGGUAACCCCAUUUAAUCCUAUAGAAAUUCCCCUUCUUAACACUAUCAUUUUAGUAAGUUCUGGAGCUUCAAUUACAUGAGCCCAUCAUUCCCUUCUAAGAAAUAAGCUAAACCAAACAAUUAAAAGAAUGAUUAUUACUAUUACAAUAGGAUUAUACUUUUCUAUUCUUCAGUGGUGAGAAUAUAAAAAUGCACCAUUUACAAUUUCAGACUCAAUUUUUGGUUCAUCUUUUUUCAUAACGACUGGAUUCCAUGGAAUCCACGUAAUUAUAGGUACAAUUUUUAUUUUAACAGCCUUAGAAAGAAUUUUAAUAAUAAAAUCCAAUUACUUAAAUCAUAUUAGAUUUGAGCUUUCAGCCUGAUACUGACACUUUGUAGACGUAAUUUGAUUGUUUCUUUAUAUUAUUUUAUAUUGAUGAAAUAAAU